CUAGUAUUUUUACGUGGCACAUUUGAAUACGGCAGGAACGGUCACACUAAACAAUGGCGAUGAACAAUCGAGUGCGGAUUGUUGUCGUCGGAGAUUCGGGUGUAGGCAAGACCUGCCUGACGCACCUGAUCGCCCACAACGAGUCGCUGAUCCGACCUGGCUGGACGGUGGGCUGCAACAUCCAGGUGAGGAUCCACGAGUUCAAGGAGGGUACCGCCCGCCAGUGCCCCUACUUCGUGGAGCUCUUCGAUGUCGGAGGAUCGCUGAGCCACAAGAACACCCGCAGCGUCUUCUACUCGGGCAUACAUGGGAUCAUCCUGGUGCACGACCUCACCAACGGCAAGUCGCAGGAGCAGCUGCUCGACUGGCUGUACGAGAUCGUCAACAAGGAGGGCAAGGACACGUACAAGGCACGGGCCAGCUCCCUGCCUCCCUCGCCACCCACCCCGCUGAGUAGCUUCUCCUCGAACACUUCCGGCGCGGACGGGCACAUCCGGUUCGACAUGGAGGAGUUCAUGGGCGCGACGCAAACGCCCAUCCUGGUCAUGGGCACCAAGCUGGACCUCAUCGACGAGAAGCGCCACCCGAAGACGUCGGUAAAGAAGGCCGGCGGAAUAGCCGACAAAUGUGGCGCUGAGGAGAUCUGGCUGAAUUGCCGGGACAUCCGCAGUCUGGCCGCUGGAACCACCGAUGCCGUGAAGCUGUCCCGCUUCUUCGACUGUGUGAUAGAGAAACGCGAGUCCCUAGGCGGCAGCGGCGGCGGCAGCCACGUAUUUGGAAUGACCGGGUUCACCAGCUCACCAGGCAGUCCGCCGGACAGGCGUCGCUUUGGUCCCGCAAGCGGCAAACUGGAACCAAGCGCCGUGCCCCUUCUGGAGACCAACGACCUCAAGUGAUCAGUGCAUUCAGUGUUAGCUCUAAGUCGCGUUGUACAUACAUAGAUUUCGUACGAGAAUCAUUAAAGUCUAAAUGCAAUAGUUA